AUGUCGUCCAACUCAUCGGCAGCGGCAGCGGCCACGGUCAAGUCGACCUUCAACCCGGCCGUCGAGAAUCAGCUGCUCGCAGACUACCUGUACUAUAUCUGCGCGGCAGGUGGCGGCGUCGUCCUUCUCUGGUCGCUCGCCUACCGCGUCAUGCGCCGAGUCCGCACCGUCACAUCCCUCAACAACGACACACAGCGCUACUAUGCAGAGCAGGAUUCAAGGCACUCGUGGCUCAAGCGCAAUGUGGUAUACGCUCCCGUCAGCCGGAAGCGUCACAAUCGCGAGAUCCAGAUGAGCUCUGCCAUCAAUGUCGGCACCCUGCCCACUCGUCUCCAGCUGAUCUUUCUUCUGGGCUACCUUGCCACCAAUGUCGCCUACUGUGUCAUUCAUAUCCCGUUCGAUUCGGUCGGUGCAGCUGCGCAGCUUAGGAACCGCACUGGCAUACUGGCUACCAUCAACAUGGUCCCUCUGUUUCUCAUGGCCGGCCGCAACAACCCGCUCAUCACUCUGCUUGGCAUGUCGUUUGAUACUUUCAACCUCCUGCACCGUUGGUUCGGCCGCAUUGUCGCCCUAGAAGCCCUCACACACACGCUCUCCUAUGUCGUCGUCAACGCUCAAAAGGAAGGCUUCUCGCCCGUCAUGAAGACGAUCGUCGACGUGCCAUUCCUCAAGUAUGGUCUGAUUUCCACGCUCGCCAUGCUGGUGAUCGGUUUCCAGGCCAUGAGCCCUCUUCGCCAUGCGGCCUAUGAGACCUUCAAGAUCUUGCACAUUGCCCUGGCCGCUGUGGCUGUCAUGGGAUUGUACUACCACCUGCACAUCGGAAAGUACAAGCAGAUCUCUUACCUGUACAGCGUCAUUGCUUUGUGGGCUGCCGACCGCACUGCUCGCUUCCUGCGCGUGAUGUACAACAACGUUGGCAACGGCGGCACCCAGACACUGGUGGAGGCACUUCCCGGCAACGCUUGCCGCGUCACCGUGACCAUGGCUCGUCCCUGGACUUUCAAGCCCGGUCAGCACGCAUACCUGUACAUCCCGUCCGUGGGCUACUGGCAGUCUCACCCGUUUUCCGUUGCCUGGAGCGAGGAGGCCGAGGUGCUCGAGGACGACAAGCUGGCAAUGAACCGCCAAGAGGUCAUGGCGAUGCGCAAGACAAGCAUGUCCUUCGUCAUCCGUGGCCGCACUGGCAUGACCGGAAAGCUGUACAAGAAGGCGUCCGAGGCCACGGACGGUCGGUGGCACACGAAAUGCAUGGUGGAGGGCCCGUAUGGCGGCGUGCACAACCUGCACUCGUACGGAACCGUCAUGCUCUUCGCAGGCGGUGUCGGCAUUACGCAGGCAGUUCCGCACGUGCGCGACCUGGUGACCGGCUAUGCUAACGGCACGGUCGCAGCACGCAAGGUUGUGCUCGUGUGGACCAUCCAGACCCCCGAGCAUCUCGAGUGGAUUCGGCCCUGGAUGACGGAGAUCCUGGCCAUGGAGAAGCGGCGCGACGUGCUACGGAUCAUGCUCUUUGUGAGCCGGCCACGGUCAACCAAGGAGAUCCACUCGCCCAGUGCCACCGUGCAGAUGUUCCCCGGUCGCCCCAACAUCAGCACGCUGCUGGGACACGAGCUGGAGAACCAGGUCGGCACUGUGGGUGUGACCGUGUGCGGUCCGGGCGCGCUCAGCGAUGAGGUCCGGCUUGCUGUACGAGACCACCAGUACGAGGGAUCUAUUGAGUUUAUCGAGGAGGCUUUUUCGUGGUAG